AUGGCUAAGUCGGAAUCAAACAGAAUUGCUGUCGUUUGCUGCGGUGAGAAAUGCAAGUUCAGAGUAUACUGCUCUUUUGAACCACCUAUCAAUAAAUGGAUGGUUAAAGUCUGCCAUAUGCGUCACAAUCAUGGAAAAUCAAGCAGAGUUUCAAUGUUGAAGCAAGGCGUCAUUGCAAGGCUAUUUAGAGAAGAAAUACGCAGGAAUAUUAGCUUACAAGCUGCUGCCAUCAAAGACACAAUCAAGGAGCGAUACAAUAUUGUGGUUCCACUUUCCAAGUGUUAUAGAGGUAGGCGAAUUGCCUUGGACUCCAUAUUGGAAGCGCAAACAACUCAGUUUGGUAAGCUGUGGGAUUAUGAAGCUGAGCUCAACCGAACACAUAGUGGUAUCAGAACUGAUCUCUGCACUAUGCAGAAAAAUGGUGUGGAAAUGUUUGAUUGUUUCUAUAUCUGUUUCGAGGAGUUUAGGACUACUUGGAAAAAAUGUUGUAGACCGGUAAUUGGGUUAGAUGGAUGUUUUCUGAAAUGGGAGUUGACUGGUGAUUUGCUUGCAGCCGUUGGGAGAGAUGCGGAUAACCGAAUGUAUCCAAUUGCAUGGGCAGUGGUUAAAGGUGAGAAUAAAGAUACUUGGGGCUGGUUUGUGAAGAAGCUGAAAGCAGAUUUAGACUUAGGAAACGGAGAGCAACUGACUAUUAUAUCUGAUAAGCAAAAAGGGCUAGUGAUUGCGAUAGAGGCUGAGCUUCCAAAUGCUGAACAUCGUAUGUGUGCGAGGCAUAUCUAUGCCAAUUGGAGAAAACAAGGAUUCUCAAGGUCAGAAUACAAGAAUCUCUUUUGGGGUGUUGCCUACAGUUUUAUUGAAGGAGAAUAUGAUGAGCGAAUGAAGCUACUCGAGGACUAUGAUCAGACGGCUUGCGAUGCUCUACUAGCAACAGAACCACAUGUUCACAACAACUUAUCCGAGAGUUUCAACAGGACUAUCAAGAUGGCCAGGUCGAAGCCAGUGAUUAAUCUUUUAGAGGACAUACGAAGACAAGCUAUGAGAAGGGUAUCAAGAAGGUUUCUGAAAGCUGAGAAGUGUGACACGUUUGUCACACCAAUUACAAUGGUGGUGUUAGAGAAGACUAGGGUUGCUAAGCAAUAUUGCUCAACAUUACGCAGUAGCAAGCAUGUGUACGAGAUGAAUGAGUUUGAAUGUGGUUAUUCUGUGAAUUUAGCCACUCACCAAUGUGCUUGUCGAAAGUGGGAUCUAACCGGUAUACCGUGCAAGCAUGCUGUGUGUAUUUUGGAUGAUAAUGAAGAUGAUGCAACGAGGUAUGUAGCAGAGUACUAUUACACGAGUGUGUUGAGGGCAACAUAUGAAAAUAACAUCAAACCUGUGAAUGGAGAGAAGUUAUGGAAGAAGACAUACAAGACUCCAAUUGCUGUUCCUGAAUUUCGUAAACCACGAGGACGUCCAAAGACUAGAGACAGGAGAAAAGAACCGUUUGAAGAUCUUAAAACUGCAGGAAAAUCAACUAGACAUGGAAGAAUUCCACAUUGCAGCCAAUGCAAGCAAGCUGGACACAUUAAAACAAGUUGCAAGAAUGAACCUGUUACUGUAGAAGGACCAAAGAACCGACGGGGCCGACCUCGAAAGCAUCCAAAUGAGGACCAUCCGAAACCACCACCAAAGCCAAAAGGAAGAAAGAAAACAUUAGUGAGCAGCUCUCAGCCUGUAACUUCAACUGAUAACAUAGUAGCUGAUGUAAGUUCUAGUGCUCCUCAACCUUCAUCCUCAACAAAUCAGGUCAAGCCACAUGUGAAGAAGGCCCCUACAGGGCGACCAUUGAAGAUAAGGAAAACUGCUGCCAUUCCAUUUGGUGUUGGGACGUUUUGGAGUCCUUACACUGAUCGCCCUUUCGAAGUUUUUGGAGACCGGGUUUAUGAUAGGUCUAACCUUAACCCACAAGACCCUAACAUCCAGCCUGCUCAAGGCGAAAGCAGCCAUCCUCCAACAGACUAA